AUGCCCGCGAAAACACCCAUUCCCAUCGAACUCAUCCAUCUCGUUAUACGAUUCCUCGAUGACUCGAAAUCAACUCUCGCAUCAUGCGCCCUCGUUUGCAGAUCUUGGGUUCCCAUUUCCCGUUUUAUCUUCUUUCGCCACAUCGAUCUAUCCACCACUGUCGAGCCCUUCCUAAAACUCCUCGAAAGCCCCUACCAAACGGUUUCCACUGCCCGCGUAGAGUCUCUCACUGUCACACACUCCCGAUACGCCCCCGCGUUAUUCAACCGAUUAUUGACAUGGCGCUCAUCCGACAAUCAUCGGACGCUAUCGACAGCCCUACCGUCUCUCAAACGUUUGACAUUGAACAAAGUAGGAUGGUGGACUUUAAGUGGAGAAGCCAAAGAUCAAUUGUUAAACGAAUUCCUAACCAUCACCCACCUCAAACUCACCAUGACCGCCUUUGACACCUACGACGAUUUUCUCCCUCUCAUCAACUCAUUCCCUUCACUCGAACAACUCGACUUGGACACUGUCCGUCCAGCACUCCACUGGGAACCUACCGUGCCCCUAGAUUCCGUCGAAUUACCACGUAACUUGCACAGAAUAUCGCUCCGACAGAUUGACGAUUGCCAAAUCAUCGCUUUUUUGGCUCCAUGUCCGAAUUUGGAGACGUUGCAUUGUCGGUUCAUCGAUUUUGAUGCCGUUUCUCCAGAGUGUACUUCUGCGAUAUGUAAACUUCUUCGGUCGUCAGGGGAGUCGUUACUCAGUUUUGGGCUCGAGGUUGAGAGAUACCAGGUGGAUGGUGCGCGUGAUGAUACAGCCCUGGACCUCUCAAAAAACCCAAACCUGGGAUACCUCUGCUUAUCACCAUACCACAUCCUACCCACACUCAAGUCCUUCGUUCGAUGUCGUGAACCUCCGGGAUUUACGAGUCUGUGUCUUCCCAGAUUCGAUGAAUUGGAUUGGGAGAGCUUGGAUUUACUUCUUAGCCGAGAUUUGGCAUUUAAGCAUCUUCAAGAAAUUCACCUGGAAGAUCGUGUGCUGGGUAAAGGAGAGUUGGAUUUAGAAGCGUUGAUGCCGAGGUGCGGGGAGAAGGGACUCUUGCGAGGGUAG